AUGAGUAUUCCAGAGAGCACGGAACCCCUGGAUGACGAGUAUCGAGAUACCGUGGAGUACUGCGGUCGUGCAUUCAGCAAGUACUCGCUGGAAGCCGGCACAUACUUUGCGCCUGUGGACGAGGAGGAAAUCGAGAGGUUGGAGCUGAUGCACAAUGUCCUGUCGAAGGUGUUCGACAAUCGACUCAUUUUCCCUCCCAUGGCCACUCCGAGGAGUAUUCUCGACUGCGGCUGCGGUGCUGCCAACUGGGCUGUCGAAGUAGCCGAACAACAUCCCGACUGUGAGGUUUUGGGUAUAGAUGUAAGCCCGCACAUGCUGCCGGACCAUCCGCCGCGCAAUCUCGAUUUCCAAAUUGAUGACCUUAACUCGAGAUUCACAUUUCCGGGCAAUUCCUUCGACCUCGUCCACAGCCAAAUGGUCGCUGGGGGGAUUCACGCAAGUCGAUGGCCCAGCUAUGUGCGCGACAUAUAUCGCGUCACGAAGCCUGGAGGAUGGUGUCAGAUUGUUGAGAUGUAUCUGAAUGCACAAUCAGAUAACGGAAGACUGACCUACGAUCACGCGCUGUCGAAGUGGUCAAGCCGCUAUCUGAAUACGCUGUCCCCUCGAAAAAACCCCCGAGCGGCUUUGAGCAUGGCGGGCUGGAUGGAGAACGCCGGCUUCGUCGAUAUCGAAUCGAAACUCAUCACGCUGCCGAUGAGCGCCUGGUCGACCGAAUCUCGAGACCAAAGGAUAGGGAGAGCGAAUCGCGAAAACAUCAAGGAGCUUUUGGCUACAGCUGCCCUCUACCCCCUUACAGAACAAACAAAGAUGCCGAUGGAGGAGUUUGAGCAACUGAUCAGUCGCGCUAGAGACGAGGCGGGAGACCCGAGUCUCAAAGCGUACUUUCCAUUAUAUGUCUUUAUUGGGCGGAAGCCGGGCAGGAGGUAG